CUGGGCGGCCGAGGCUGCUGUGAGAGGGCGCUCGAAGCUGCAGGAGAGCGAACUGGAGAAGGAGGCGGGGAGGCGGCUGCUGCACUCGCUCCACUGCUCGUUCCCUUCCCGUCGCCGCUGCGGGUCCGCCGCUGCUCUUCCUGCUCCGCGGCCUCUCGGUUACACGCCGUUGGAGCAGCCGCUCUUCGUUCGCGUCCAGGCUCUGUUCAGGAGUCGUGCGCCCCCGCGGACACCGCGCUGAGAGAGAGCCGGCGCCACACCUGUGGAGCCGGCGGCCGUCGGGGGUGCCGGCCAGGGUCUCACCGCGUGCGUGCUCCCGGCUGCGGGCCGCCGGAGCCCCGGGGGAGGCGCGCCCCCCGACUGGGCGCCGCGGACACCAUGGGGCUGCCCGCGCUUGAAUUCAGUGACUGCUGCCUCGACAGCCCUCACUUCCGAGAGACGCUGAAGUCGCACGAAGCGGAGCUAGACAAGACCAACAAAUUCAUCAAGGAGCUCAUCAAGGACGGGAAGUCACUCAUCAGCGCGCUCAAGAAUUUGUCUUCAGCGAAGCGGAAAUUUGCAGACUCCUUAAAUGAAUUUAAAUUUCAGUGCAUAGGAGAUGCAGAAACAGAUGAUGAAAUGUGUAUAGCAAGGUCUUUACAGGAGUUUGCCACUGUCCUCAGGAAUCUUGAAGAUGAACGGAUACGAAUGAUUGAGAAUGCCAGUGAAGUGCUCAUCACUCCGUUGGAGAAGUUUCGAAAGGAGCAGAUUGGGGCUGCCAAGGAGGCCAAAAAGAAGUAUGACAAGGAGACAGAGAAGUAUUGUGGCAUCUUAGAAAAGCACUUGAAUUUGUCUUCCAAGAAGAAAGAGUCUCAGCUUCAGGAGGCAGACAGCCAGGUGGACCUGGUUCGGCAGCAUUUCUAUGAAGUAUCCCUGGAGUAUGUCUUCAAGGUGCAGGAAGUCCAAGAGAGGAAGAUGUUUGAGUUCGUGGAGCCUCUACUGGCGUUCCUACAAGGACUCUUCACUUUUUAUCACCACGGUUAUGAACUGGCCAAGGACUUCAAUGACUUCAAGACACAGUUGACUAUCAGCAUACAGAAUACAAGAAAUCGCUUUGAAGGCACCAGGUCUGAAGUGGAAUCCCUGAUGAAGAAGAUGAAGGAGAAUCCCCUUGAGCACAAGACCAUCAGUCCUUACACUAUGGAAGGGUACCUCUAUGUCCAGGAGAAACGUCAUUUUGGAACUUCCUGGGUGAAGCAUUACUGUACAUAUCAACGGGAUUCCAAACAAAUCACCAUGGUACCAUUUGACCAAAAGUCAGGAGGAAAGGGGGGAGAAGAUGAAUCAGUCACCCUCAAAUCCUGCACACGGCGGAAAACAGACUCCAUUGAGAAGAGGUUUUGCUUUGACGUGGAAGCAGUAGACAGGCCCGGGGUUAUCACCAUGCAGGCAUUGUCUGAAGAGGACCGAAGGCUCUGGAUGGAAGCCAUGGAUGGCAGGGAACCUGUCUACAACUCAAACAAAGACAGCCAGAGCGAAGGGACUGCACAGUUGGACAGCAUUGGCUUCAGCAUCAUCAGGAAAUGCAUCCAUGCUGUGGAAACCAGAGGGAUCAAUGAGCAAGGGCUGUACCGAAUUGUGGGGGUCAAUUCCAGAGUGCAGAAGCUGCUGAGCGUCUUGAUGGACCCCAAAACCGCUUCUGAAACAGAAAUGGAUAUCUGCGCUGAAUGGGAGAUAAAGACCAUCACUAGUGCUUUGAAGACCUACCUAAGAAUGCUUCCAGGACCACUCAUGAUGUACCAGUUUCAAAGAAGUUUCAUUAAAGCAGCAAAGCUGGAGAACCAGGAGUCUCGGGUCUCUGAAAUCCACAGCCUUGUUCAUCGACUCCCAGAGAAAAAUAGGCAGAUGUUACAGCUGCUCAUGAACCACUUGGCAAAUGUUGCUAACAACCACAAGCAGAAUUUGAUGACAGUGGCAAACCUCGGCGUGGUAUUUGGACCCACCCUGCUGCGUCCUCAGGAAGAAACUGUGGCAGCCAUAAUGGAUAUCAAGUUUCAGAACAUAGUCAUUGAGAUCCUAAUAGAAAAUCAUGAAAAGAUAUUUAACACCGUGCCAGACACGCCCCUCACCAAUGCCCAACUGCACCUGUCUCGGAAGAAGAGCAGUGACUCCAAACCCCCGUCCUGCAGCGAGAGGCCCUUGACGCUCUUCCACACCGUGCAGUCAACAGAGAAACAGGAACAAAGAAACAGCCUCAUCAACUCCAGUUUGGAAUCUGUCGUCUCUUCAAAUGCGAACAGCAUCCUCAAUUCCAGCAGCAGCUUACAGCCCAACAUGAACUCCAGUGACCCAGACCUGGAUGUGCUCAAACCCACCCGGCCCAACUCACUCCCCCCGAAUCCAAGCCCAACUUCACCCCUCUCGCCAUCUUGGCCCAUGUUCUCGGCGCCAUCCAGCCCUAUGCCCACUUCAUCCACGUCCAGCGACUCAUCCCCCAUCAGGUCUGUUGCAGGGUUUGUUUGCUUUUUUGUUGCUGCCGUUGUUCUCUCAUUGGCUUGGUCCUCUCUUCAUGCAGUGUUCAGCCUCCUCGUCAACUUUGUUCCCUGCCAUCCAAACCUGCACUUGCUUUUUGACAGGCCAGAAGAAGCAGUUCGCGAAGACUCCAGCACACCAUUCCGGAAGGCAAAAGCCUUGUAUGCCUGCAAAGCAGAACACGACUCCGAGCUCUCAUUCACGGCAGGGACGGUGUUCGAUAAUGGAGGAAGCAAAAACCAGCUGCCUGGUUUCCGGAACUGGACAUGCUCUGGGCCUCCCUCCUUGACCUCAGGUGGGGCAGGGGCAGAGUUCCCCGGCAGGGUGCAUCCGUCCCAGGAGCCUGGCUGGUUGGAGGGGACUCUGAAUGGAAAGACAGGCCUCAUACCCGAGAACUACGUGGAGUUCCUCUAACCGGGAGCCCUGGCAGAACUGCUGAGCUUUCCACGGUAUCCACGACAACUGCUGAUUCCAGUGUUGUGGGCCCUUGCUCUUUGCCGCUGAGAAAUACAGGGUGACUGACUCUGCUGCUACCUGUCAGCACGAACAUUUUCGUAAACUCUGGUGUCACACAUCCCCGCGAUCAUCUCAGCUGACAUGCGGUGAUACUGCAAGAAAGAGACGGAAAUCAGCAGAGGAGGCCAUUUGAUUUUGAUAACCACGAGAAAGGCUUACAGAGCCAUGUCUUUUAUUUAGCACCCUACAUGGGGUGUGCUCAUUUUGUUUUCACAGUCAUCCAAGCCCCAACCUUCUGAAAAAGGAAGUCAGUGAGAUACAAGUAGUCCCCAAGAGCAUGCAGUGUAGCCAGCUCUGACAGGGCUGGGCAGUGGCCUGAGAUCCAGGCUGGGUCCACUGCUUUUGUUUACAGUAGACACUCACUCUACCCCACCUCUGAAUACUUGAGCCCUGCAGUGCUCCAGGCUGCUGGGUCUGUUUGUUUGCAUGAAGGAUGGAGAGGGGUCACGGCACUGGUUACACAAGAUCCAAUCUCACCAUCUCUCAAGCAGCCAUUGGCCCAGCAUCAGCAGAAUUCUGUCCAGUCCUCUCAUGCAAGAGAACACACUCCAGGACCCCCCUCCCAAGCUGGGAACUUCUCUGCCACCGAGGGCUGCCAUCACCUCAUAAUCAUGGCGACCCAGCCUACUCUAAACCAAACCAAAAAGUAACACAAAAUCUUUGCAUGACAUAUUUUUUUGCCUCUUCCCCCUUUCAGUCAUUUUUUGAAUGGUUUUCCAACAACCUGGUCAAGUUCUGGACUUCCCUGAUGGCUCAGCUGGUAAAGAAUCCGCCUGCAAUGCAGGAGACCUGGGUUUGAUCCCUGGGUUGAGAAGAUCCCCUGGAGAAGGGAAAGGCUACCCACUCCAGUAUUCUGGCCUGGAGAAUUCCAUGGACUGUAUAGUCCAUGGGGUUGCAAAGAGUCGGACACAACUCAGUGACUUUUAAUUAACCAGGUCUACUUGGGGGCAGAUGGAAUAGCAGCUGAGAACCGUUCCCUUUCUGAUGAAUUUCAGCAGCACCAGGAUAUAUUUGGAGCAAACUAGUAACCUCGUGAGAUUAAAUUACAUACAGGCUUAAUGUUUCUGUUCUUGCAUGCAACUCAUGUCUGUUUUCUAGAGGGCAACAUGCUGCCUCCUAAAGAGGGACACCGUCUAUCUCUCUCUCUCAUUCCCUCCCGUUCACCUCUCCUUCCUCCAGCCCCUGCCUGCCUCUAGCCUACCACUGACCAGCUCCCCUGGCCAUGCCCUGUGUUGCUCAGCACUGGUCCCCUGGAGGUUUUCAGGCAUGACUCCUGAGCUAAUAACCCCGUGGCCUCCAGUUUAAAAGGACAUACAUGUUCACUGCCACUCAGAAAAAGGGAAUUGUUUCUUAGACUUUUGGGGUGUGAGACUAAUAUCAGAAGCCAUUGUGAUUUAGGAGGACGCCACAGGGCUGGGGCAUGGAAGGUGGGAUGGGUACCUUCUGAGAAAGAGGAUUUCCUGGACCAGAAGGGGCUGGGUCUUGUGGAAGACCACCUUGGAUGGGGAAGUUUGGCUUGGACAUUUCAACUCCACUUGGCUUCCAAAGAAGAGAGUCCCAGUAUUUCCACACUUGAAUGUCCCUGCAAGAGUGAUUCUGGGCAGACCAACUCCAGAGUGAGGGACUGUCAGGCUCCCUGGGAGCCCUACAGGAAUGGCAGCCAUGUUCCAGAGUGUGUCCUGCUUCCGGAAUUCCUCUUGAGGGAACUUUAAAGAAGAAAAGAAAAACUUGAAUUGUGUUGAAUUACUGUAUCUUUUACAUUUUUUUGAAAAGAUAAAUUUGUAAAUAGAGUGAUUUGAAAUACUAUAUGGCAAAGUUUUAUAUUUGAUAUUCUUUAAGUUAGUUGCUUCACACGUUUAAGCUUUGAUUGCUGAACAAGUGUGUAUAUGAGGCAGAGAGGGGGACACAUGGUCACAGAGAGCCAAGGUCAGCCCCUCUCUUGCCUUGAGGAAGAAGAUAUUUUCACAUAUUCUUGCUGGUUCUUGGUGGUGGACAUGGCACCUGAAUGGUGUUCAGUCUUCUUUAUCUAGAUGUGGUUUUUUAAGCAUUUCUUGGGCUUUGGCUUUGGAGAUGGAAAGAGCAUCUUCAGGCAAUUAACUUUUCCAAGAACUCCUACCCAGUAGUAAGAUGAAGCUCAGGAUUUAAACAGGUGAGGCCAAGGGUUAGAUUUUUUUUUUUUUUUUUCAUUUUUCUUCUCAGGUGUAUUUCUUGGUACCCCAAAGUACCAGGACAGAAGAUGGGAUAAUUGUGUGCUCCUUGUAUCUUAUUCUUCUGGCACAUCUAUAAGGCUUUAUAACCAAGUCCAAGCUAAAAUUUGCAAAUGUUGUGUGUCUAGGUUCUAAGAAAAACUGGCUUAGGAUAUUUAGUUCUUGAUAUGCUGCUUCUUCCUUUUUUCCUAAACAUGUUUAUUCAUCUCAGAUUUCCUCUGGCUCCAAAAUAAGAAAAAAACUCCAAAGAGGGAUGAAGAUUGUGCUAUUAUAGCUUUCUAGAUGACUUUAAAGGUAAUAGGAGUUUGUUGUGAUUCAUUCCAUCAGCUCAGGGAUGACACAGCUAUUACCCAACCCAGAGCAAGUGAGACACUACCAAUGGAUGAGGGAAUAAGAAUUAAGAUUGGAGAAGACUGAGAUAGGACUCAGGGAAGCUACUAUUGAAAACCCAAGAAGAAAAGGCACAUAGGGGCAGCAUACAUGUACUCCUUGCAGACUUUGAACAGCUUGGGGACCAGCACACUCUGUACCACUGUGCUUUCUAACUAGAGUGCAACAUAAUGCUUUUAAUACAUUUGACAUUUUAGAUCACCUGCCCCAUCAGAACCUUAACUGGAGCUACUGUGGGGGCGGCCAGAAGGUCCAAACCCUGGCUUUCAGAGCUCCUUACCGAAGCGCACCUGUAGACAUUUGGCCCCACCUUGACCACUUUGGAAACAUGUCCCUGCCUCCUCAGUUAGCCCUGAUUUGAAGCUGAGGGAAAUUGGACUGGCGCCAAUGGGAAUUUUAGGUAGAGCCCUUCCUGGCUUCUCUGGGCAAUGCUGGGCCCUGACAGAUGGCUGCUCUGCUUCCCUUUCCCUGGCCAGGCUCCCCUCCUCCCCAUCAGCUACAGAACUGGAGACACUGUUCAGAAUAUGAGCCAAUGAAAAAGAAGGAACUUAAAGACUGAAAAUGGGUUUUGCCCUCCACUACCUUUGCUCCUCACUUCUGACUCUUGUCUUUUGGAAGAAGGGAUGUUAGGGCAGAUUAGGGGAGUGAACUGGGUAACAGAGUGGAAUACUGUGGACUAAAAUCUCCGAGCUUUCCCAGGAGUCUCAUGUUGCUUUUGGAAGGCCCUGGGAUCAGGUGGGCAGACAUAGCUUGAGUCUUCUGUGGGCAUCAAGAUCAGUCUCUCACUUCUCCUCCAGGUACUCCCAGAAUUCCAUAGCUAUAGAAUACCAUGUCUUGAGAAGACAAUUAGUUUCACAGUCUUCCCCCAACUCCCCAGGCAAGUGAAGUCCUGACUUGCUCAAGACUGAUAAUAUUCUCUUCUCUCUUCAAAUCUGAACAUAGAGGCGUGUAUCCUGUAUAGCACUGCCAGCCAUGGUGUCCCAGGAUUGGAGCCAGGUUUUAGCUUGGUUUUUUAAUAUUUCUACAGACGAUAAGUAUUUCCUUAUGUCAGACCAAACUGGGUUUUGUUUUUUUUUUCCAGCAUAAUUCCAGUUCAUGUCCUCUUGCUGAGUCCUUUUUGGAUAGAGAGGCAGAGAGAAAGAGAGAAAAUGGAACAAUCAGGUAUUGGCCAACUGGUAUUAGCAACACAAAGUCAUGCUAGUGACAGUGUCAUUUCAGGUUUGCCAAGACUCUGCAGUUAUGUAUGCCAUGCCUAUAGCUCAGAUGGAGGUCCUUCUGCCAUGAGAGCUUGUAUCUAAGCAGCAACCCCAAUGACACCAAAAACUAUUUUGACUGUAUAGGUCCUAAAAACAUCCAUGAUUGAGGAGUAGUGAGCCCGAAAUAAUCAACUGAAGUAACACGAUCAACUACUCAUGACUGUCUAUUGGCACAUUUCAUCUUCUGGCUCCUGUUUCCAAAAGAAAAAUCUGGAGCACUCAGCUUUAUAGACACAGAACUCCUAGGUACAACAGUGGCUGUCAUGGCACUCACAGUUCCCCCUAGCAUUGAAUGUUUUAUGAGCAAUCAUGUUACCCAAGUAGGUAGCCAGCGUUGAGGAAAAUCAACAGCUUCUUGACUACCCGACUUUGAAAGGAAUGGCCUGGGUGUUCUUCUAGGGAGUUAUCUGUCAUAUCUGGCAAACUUGACAGUGAUUAUUUACCUAGACAACCCUUCCCCACUCUUUUAAGUCAGCUGUGUGUCCUCUCACACACCCUGUGUCGGCAUUUAAAAAAUGUAUCUUCUUGUGCUUCAAAUGUGUUUGACAGGCUGGUGUGCUGGGUGCAGAAUCACUUUUCUGUAAGUGUAGCCUCCCAAUGACAACAGCCAUGGAAUAAUGGACCUUGCACAAACCUGAGACCUUACACAAACCUGAGCAUACCUGAGACCAGACUCCACCAAGUCAUAAUUAGCUUUUUCUUUUUACUGCCUACAGUACCUAUCUAACUAAGGAACUUCCUAGAGCAGAGGGAGAGGCCAUGUAGAGAAUCCACACAUCAUCCAGAGCCAGCCCUGGCUAAAAUGUGGCCUCCUAAUGGAAGGAUUUGUAUUCUUAGAAGAAAAAAGAUUGGGUGUAAAGUAAUGCUGGUAGCAGAAAGGGAUAAACCAUGCUGAAGAACUGUGGAUUUUUUUAAAGAAAGAUAAAUGUAGUUCUUAAUAGGGGGGGAAAUCUAUCACAUGAAAAGGUCACAACUAAUAUUUUACAAAAGUUUUACAGGACACUACAAGAUGAAAACAUCUUUCAAGGCAGAAUGCCUUAGCAAGCAAGGCUAAGGACCUUAGCACAGUCCUGGACCCAUGUAAGUAUAGCAAUUACUAUUACAUCAGAAUUCUACUGAGUGUAGUCAGUGAGAACCAAGAGGAGUGAUAAAGUGUCAGAAUUACCUGGGCAGUCCUGGAGGGGCCAAGACAUUCAGCACCUUUCCACAUCAACCAUUUCUAUAGAAUUGUCCAAACAGACCCUGCAUGCAGCUUUUUUGGGUAUCCAGAUGCCAGGGUCAACCUUGUACCUGUGAGAAGAGGUUCAUCUGGUGAUUCUUAAGUGUAUCUGUAUUAGUAUGUGUUUGUGUGUAUGUGUGUGUGUAUGUACAGCUCACAUUUACAUAUAUAACGACACAGACUCUCUUCUAGAAACCCACAUAAGCUGGCAGUUGCUGAGCCUUGACAGCCUUUAAGAUUUAAAGGUUGAGAAUUACAGAAACAAGAGAGGCUGUUGACAGAUGAUCAGAAUGAUCAAAGAUGUAAAUUAAGUGCCAUUUUGAAAUUUUGUUCAUAUUUAUCAGGUGGUUACUAUCUACAGCUAUAUUCCUUAUUAACUUAUUAAGAGUCAUGUUGAAAAAAAAGAUCAAACUCAUAAACAGUAAGUCAUUCAUACUAGGCUAGUGUUCACAAGCACUCUAAAAGACAUUUUGUCCAUUACUUUGAAGAAAAUAUUUGCAUGUUUAGUUCAUAAUUUAGGCUACCUUUGAGUAUAUUAUAAAGUGCUGUGUGAUAUAAUAUCAAUAAAGUACUUAAAAAUGGCACUUUAAUGUUUUUUUAAAAAACCGUAAAUGCACUGUUUUAAACUUCAAUUCAGUAUUGAAUAUUGACUGGUGUGUAGAAUCCUAUUUCUUAAUUAAAAAGUAACUUGUGACUAGAAUAGAACUUUUCCCCUGUUAUUCAUAAAACAGUUUUGCCAUGUUCGGGCUUUAGAACGGACAAACAAAAAAAAAAAACUAUGCUUUCAUGUCACUAAGCAUAUCUAUAAAGAAAAUAUAGUUUCUGUUGAGUGACUUCUGAAACUUGGCUUUCUUACAUUUGGUUGGUUUAUGUGACAAUCUCUGUGAAAUGAGUGGAAGUAUGAUUUUUGCAUUAAAUGACUUUUCCAUUUGGUGGUA